AUGUGGAAGACAGACCUGGUAUUGUCCCCAAUGUUUCAUUCUUUCACAAUCCGAAACCUCUUAACCUACCCUUCAAAACCAAAAGGUUCUGAGACAGAGACCAAGGGGAAGAGAAAGAGAAGUGGUGGAUCGAAGCCUCGCAGGAGAAAAAUGUGGCACAUGUUCGUGUUGGAUGAGGAAGAGAAGGAACUGGGUCGGCAACAGGCCCCAGGAUCAUGCCCUUACUGUGAUGGCAAGGUUGAAGCCAUGGAUGUUGAGAUCCAGUGGAAAUUAUGCUUCUUGCCCAUGUGCAUCAAGAUCAAGAGGAAGUUCUUCUGUACUUCAUGUGCUAGACGUUUAGAGUUGUUUUUUUAA